AUGGUCUGUUCAACCACCCAAAAGGUCAACAGCUACGAGGUGAACGUAUCGAGUGUCAAUGAGAAGUUUGAAAUGUCAACAAUGCUGAAUGAAGUAGAUAAAAGUGUACUUCUGACAGUCCCAAACCCUAGAUAUGAAGAGCUUCUGAAGCGAUACAACCAUUUGCAGGGAGUGGUGAUGGACAACAACGAUCAGAAGAGUGAAUUGCCUGUUCACGUAAUCUUGGGGGCCAGUGAUUAUUCGAGAGUUAAAAUGGAAACGAAACCGAGAAUUGGUCAACCACUGGAACCAAUAGCUGAGUUGACAACGUUAGGAUGGACGGUGAUGUCUGCUGGCAGUGAGUCUAAAUUGUCAAAUGGUUAUGCAACUAGAACAUCAUCUGCCGAUUACCAAGAGUUAUGUAGCUUGGAUGUGUUGGGUCUGGAAGACCAACAAGAAGAAAAUCAACAAGUCAUUUAUGAGGAGUUCGCAGAACAGCUCACCCAAAAUAAGGACGGUCGUUACGAGACAAGUCUGCUAUGGAAAUCAGGACAUGACCCCUUGCCAACAAAUGAACAUGGAAGCCUAAAACGGUUGGAAAACUUGGUAAGGAAACUAGGAAAAGAUCCAGUCCAGUUAGACAAGUAUGACACCAUCAUUCAGGAACAAUUAGCGGAAGGUAUUGUGGAGAGAGCUGUCAAUGAUCCUCAGGGUAGGGAAUUUUAUAUUCCCCAUAAGCCGGUGAUCAAGGAAACCGCUGAAACAACUAAAAUGAGAAUUGUGUUUGAUGCGUCUGCGAGAGAAAGUGAGAAAAGCCCGUCUCUCAAUGAUUGUCUGGAGACAGGCCCACCUCUCCAGAACCUCUUAUGGAAUGUCCUGGUCCGGAAUCGACUGAAGCCGAUCGCUUUAUCUACCGAUCUGAAAAAAGCAUUCUUACAGGUGCUUAUAAGAGUGGAGGACAGAGACGCCUUACGUUUCCACUGGAUCAAGAACAAGAACCCCAGGGACAUUGAAGUUUUAAGAUUUACGCGAGCAUUGUUUGGCGGAGAGGAGAACAAUCAUGUAGAUCAUCAACAGAGCUAUGCCAAAGAUCAGCUGGGAGUUCUGCAAGGAGAGACCAAAUUGUUAGGAUUACCAUGGAACAAACAUAACGAUACGCUUGGUGUUACUUUCCCAAAUAAGCCUGAUGAGAAUACAAAGAGAGAAAUUUUAAGAUUCCUAGCAUCAGUUUAUGAUCCCCUUGGGUUUGUAUCUCCUGUUACCUUAUUGGGGAAGAUCAUAUUUCGUGAGGUUUGCGACAAACACCUCCCAUGGGAUGAAAAACUGUCUGACAAUCUUGGACAGCAGUGGCUGAAGUUCCUGCGAUGCCUUCCAGAGAAGGUUCUUUGGGCAAGAAGUAUCCCGAGAUACAGAGAACCCUUAGAAAUCGUGGAGUUACACACUUUCGGCGAUGCCAGUGGGUCUGGAAUUUCAGCAGCAGUAUAUACGGUAGUGAAGCAACCAUCAGGUGUAAGUGUCGGAUUGGUGACGGCAAAAUCGCGAUUGGCCAAAAGGAGCCUUACAAUCCCAAGGCUGGAAUUGGUAUCGGGACAUAUGGCCGCGAACUUGGUGGACAAUGUACGAACCGCACUCUCGGGGUACCCAGUGAGAGCAGUAUUUGGAUGGCUAGACAGCCUAGUCGCCCUGCAUUGGAUUAAGGGAGGCGGAACAUACAAACAAUUCGUUUCCAACAGGGUGAGAAAAAUCAACGAGAAAGAUUACAUUACGUGGCGACAUGUUGGUACUGACGAUAACCCAGCUGAUCAAGGGAGUCGAGGAUGCGAAGCAAAUCAUUUAACCGGUGAAUCGCUCAACGGACCUCAUUGGUUGGCUGAUUCUGACCAGUGGCCUGCUUCUGUGAGGACCGAGCCAAGUAAAGAUUCUGAAGCCGAAGCCAAGAAGAUUAAAGAGAUCCUUGCGACGGCGAUAGAGACGCAAGACGACUUUGAUGCACUAUUAAUCAAACAUCCUUACUGGAAAACAAUCCGUAUUAACGCAUGGAUUUCGAGAUUUCUUCACAACUGCAAGACCCCAAAACAUUUGCGAAACCUCGGGCCCCUGACGACUGAAGAGACAGAGCAACAGGUGAAGUGGUGGAUCCGAAGAGUCCAAGAGAGAUACAGUAUGACGGAGAAGUUUCGUGAUGAUGAGUUAUCCCUUAACUUACAGAGAAAUCAUGAGGGGAUCUACGAGUGUAGAGGUCGCAUACAAGGGACUUACCCCGUAUAUUUACCGCCUAAGGUCGUCCUGUCGGAAAAGAUGGUGCAAGAUGCUCAUGAAUUAACUCUCCAUGGGGGAGUUGGUCUUACCAUGGCACUCGUUCGCCACGAUUACUGGAUACCACGCCUGCGACAGCUUGCACGAAGUGUCAACACUCGCUGUUAUGGAUGCAAGAAAUUUCAUGCGUCAGCUUUCCACAGCCCUCCCCCCGGAAACCUACCGGUUGAACGUACAGAAGGCUCCUCGCCGUUUCAAGUCAUUGGCGUGGAUUACGCGGGCCCGAUAGUCUACAAGUUUUCCAAGAAGAGAGAAGGCAAGUCGUACAUACUGCUUUUCGCCUGUAGCUUGUCAAGAGCGAUACAUCUCGAGCUGCUGACAGACCAGACCACGGAUGGGUUUAUACGGUGUUUGAAGCGAUUCAUAGCAAGACGGGGAAGACCUACCACCAUAUACUCUGAUAAUGGGAAAAGUUUUGUAGCGGCUGCAAAGUGGCUGAAUGCGUUGAUGAAGGAUGAGAAGUUACAAGACUACCUUGCCCAUCACCUGAUGAAGUGGAAAUUUAAUCUAGCUAAAGCACCCUGGUGGGGUGGACAAUUUGAACGGUUGGUAGGAAUCGUUAAACAAGCGCUCUAUAAAUCGAUUGGUCGAGCUGUUUUGAGUUUUGAGGAAUUGGAGGAGGUUUUACUCGAUGUGGAGAUUGCUGUGAAUAACCGUCCUUUAUCGUACGUUGAAGAUGAUGUUCAACUCCCGAUUUUGACGCCGAAUCUCAUGAUGUAUGGACAGACAAAUCUCCUACCUGAAGCAGAUGUUGAUUUAAUUGAAGGAACAGAUUUGCGGAAGAGAGCUAAAUACCUGCGUCGUUGUAAGGACGUGUUAUGGUCCCGCUGGACCAAUGAGUACGUAAGAAGUCUAAGAGAAAGGCAUAACCUGAAAAAUAAGAGUAAAAGGUUAUCACUGAAAGUUGGUGACGUCGUCAUAAUUCAAAGCAACCAGAGGAAUCGUGGUAAAUGGAACAUUGGGAUCGUCGUGAAGCUGAUUAAAGGAAGAGAUGGAGUAAUUCGUGCUGCUAGGUUGAGAGCCGGGAAAUCAUACAUUGAGCGAGCGGUCCAACAAUUGUGCCCUAUGGAGCUGAGUUGUGACGAAGUUGUUGCGAAGGGACAUGUGGAACAAUCGGAGAGUUUAAAUCCCCAGGCAAAAGAGUUUGCGCCCAAAAGAGCCGCAGCUAAGGAAGCAAACGAACGGAUUAAAGACAUUUUGAACAAGGAAAGUACAGUCGAAUAA